AUGUCUGGAAACGCGGCUGCCUCUAGUUCUCGAACGGCCCCCCGUUCUUCCCCACGUGAACGACCUACAUGGAACGCCUUUGAGGGAACGCCAGGCUCAAGCGGGAAGAAGAGGAGUCGUGACGCCAUCGACUUUAACAGCGAGGUUGGCGAGACGGAAGGGGACUCCGACGAGGUCGACGACGUUUUUAUUGAAACCCCGUCUAAGAGGGGUAAGAAGCCCGCUCGGACAUUAAAGUCCGAGUCUAAAAAAUCUAAGGUGACAGACACACCUAAAAAUAUUAAAAAGUCCCUCCCGUUUCCCGAGCAAACGGAUCCCGUCGAGAAGCACCAGCAACACCUCGACGACUGGUGUAGGCUCUACUUCGACGAGGGCAAGGCCAACAGCAACAACCGGCACUAUUACCGCCCGGUGUUGGCCACAAAGAAGGAGAUUCGGGAAGAUAAGAAGGAUCCGAAUCUUCAUUGGUGGAAGUUCACCUGCCGCCACUGUGAUGUCUGGUACCGUUUGAAGCUUGCGACUGCUGCUUCAUCCGGUACGGGUGUGAACAUACACCCAAGUAAAUGUCUCCGGAACCCGGAGAACAAUAAAGACGGGCUCCACCAAGCCACCCUGACGUCGGCGGGGACUCUUGGUCCUGAGCUCAGAACGGCUGCGACUCGCCAUGCGAUAGCCGUUUGGAUCGCGAGGAACAACCACCCGUUCAGCAUCGUCGAGCAAGAUGGGUUUGAAGAGAUGUUCACUCGGUCGUUCCCGGCAAUGGAGAAGAUUCUCCCGAACCGUCGUCAAGUCGUUCAAGACAUCGAGACUGCGUUCUCGGUGAACACGAAAAGGCUGAAAACGGUCUUUCGAAUCUACAACGGUGUGAUCCACAUCGCCACCGACGGAUGGACCGACCGUCGGGGGAACAAGUUCAUCGGCCUCACCGCCCACUAUACACCGGUGACCGAUGCGAAGGUUCGACCACGGUCGCUGUUGAUCGACUUCAUCCCGUAA